ACAUGGGCAAAAAUAAGUAUUAGUUGUAGUCUUAUUUUUUCCCCCAUAUAUAACACUCUUUCCAUAGUGAAUAUGAAAUGCAGACAAUUGAAAACAGUUCAAAAGAAGCACUAUGCAGAGAUGAAGCAUGUCGUGCUACAAAGAAAAGAAAGGAUAAAGAGCCACACCAACUGUUCUCAGAGCUGUGAAAAGAGAUCUGUGGGUGGAUGAGAUGAAAAGUGGCAAACAAAGCUGUGGGACAGAACACAGUCCAGCUUUUGCUGAGCAAUGGCCCAAGAGACGAACCAGAGCCCGGUGCCCAUGCUUUGUGCUACCGGCUGCGGUUUCUAUGGCAACCCACGAACCAAUGGUAUGUGUUCUGUAUGCUAUAAGGAACACCUGACACGGCAGCAGAGCAGUGACCGUAUGAGCCCCCUCAGCCCUCUGGCUGCUAGUCCUACUUCAGAGGUCUCAGCCAUCCAGAGACUAGAAGCGACUCUAUCCAAAGUAGAGGCCUCCCCCACCUCUUCACCAGAAGUGUCUAGAACUGUUCAAGGAUCUCUACCUGUAACUCAGCAAAUGACAGAGAUGAGUAUCUCAAGAGAGGACAAGCCAGAACCCCUCGAACCAGUUGUAAGCCAGCCUGCUGCUUCUAGCCCCGCCCCCAUAGCUUCCAGCAGUGAAGAAAAUAAGGGCGACCCCUCCAAAUCCAAGAAGAACAGGUGCUUUAUGUGCCGCAAGCGAGUAGGCCUCACAGGGUUCGACUGUCGCUGUGGCAACUUGUUUUGUGGCAUCCACCGGUACUCUGACAAGCACAACUGUCCCUAUGACUACAAGGCCGAGGCUGCCGCCAAGAUCCGUAAAGAGAAUCCCGUGGUGGUAGCUGACAAGAUCCAGAGAAUAUAAAGUCGACACAAUGAUGACAGCAAACAUCUUUGACAAAGACUGGAUGAGUGUGAACCGCUGAAAUGAAUGCCGGCACAAGUGGCCCAGUGAAAAUUGAAAGAACUUGAUUUACAAAUUUCCAACCUCAAGAAAACAGAGAGGAAAAAAAAAUUUAAAAAUCCUGUUUGUGGGAGAUGCAUGAAUGAUCACUUUUCUUCUGUUUUGAUUAAUUCAUUAGUUUGUUUUAAUCUGUUUUCUGUGAUGUGACUUUGCCGCUCUUCAGUCCUCCUUUUAAAGAACAUUUAUUGUCUGUCUUAAGAGCAGCCCAGGGUAACCGUUCAUGAUGUGCUCUAGUCCACUCACCCAAACGAGGUGCCAUUUUGUGCCAAAACUGUAGACUGCUACUUUUCUUAGACCUGCCUGCUGGAGUUUGGGUGUACGCAGUAACAUUCCACAUGAGUUACGUCCCUCUGUCUUGUGAUCCGUUUCUAGUGGAGUCAGUCAACGUUUGGAGAACAUUUCAAAGUGUCCCCCGCUGUGCACAAAGGGGCUUUGUUACUUUUCCUAGCUUUACCUACCUCACAGCUGCUCUGUUAAAGCUUCGAUGUCUUCCCUCAUUUGUUUUUGUCAACUUUGACCACGGCAGAACAGUAACUGGCAGAUUAGCUCGACUGUGAGUGUCAAAAGUGCUGCUUGCUUUACAGUCGGAGGUACCGUGCUAGCCGGGGUACAAACAGAUUGCACGUUUCGCCGAUAUGUAAACAUUUGCAGUUGGUGUAACUGGUGCUGUGUUUUCCAAACCGGGAUGAGUAUGUAAUGUGACUAGCUGUGUGGACCACUGCGUACGCCAAUACGGAGCAGACACCUGGAUAACUGCUCGGAGUGUUGUAGAUGGGCAUGAAUGAAUAAAUGGGACAAAUGCAUGAGUUACUUUUGAUCAGCCAUAGUGUUUCAUUUGUAUUUGAAAGAAUGUGACGUUACUCUACUCUGUUUUCUGACCUUUUGAUUUGCUGAGACAAUUAUGUUUUGUUUUGUUCUCCCUGUACCUUUUCCAUUGCUGUUGUACUGAUGUUGGCGCAUGUAGUUCAGUGCAUAUGUGGAGUUGGGGUAUGUGAAUUUUUUUUUUUUUUUUUUAAUGGAAUGUUUGUGUGAGCACGUGUGGGCGUGUUGGUCUUUGUUUGUGGAGCUACCUUGUUUAUCAGCACAUGUUUACAGAACUACAAGAGCAUGCCAGAUCUAUGUUUAUGGGAAAGAAAAUAGCUAUAACUUCUCAUCCGUCUAACAAGAAAUGGUUGUGUCUGCUUUAGAGCAUGGUAGAGGUGUGUGUGUGUGUGUACACGAGCACAUAAUUGUGCAAAGUGUAUUUUAAUGGCUGCCUGAACACUGUAUGUGUGACUUUUUUUUUUUAACCCACCCCUCCGCUGUAAGGCUGUUUAGCAUUUUAAAAAUCUACAUAUGAGUUUUCCCUUUCUUAGUUAUAUGCAAAUUUGUACAAAAAAGGAAAAAAAACAACAAUCUGUGUUGAUAUUUAUGUAUUGCAUAUAAUCUUGCGAUCCAGCAUUAAAACAGAAUAGUAUCAUGUAAAUAAAAACUAUGUACAGAGACAUAA